GCACCGUGCUUUCUCGGUUCACGAGCUGGAUACAAAAACGUUACACGCUUUAAGUGUUCAUAUCUCCCAGGUCGCUACAUUUGUCACUCCCAUAAGCUGCACGCCAUAACCAGAUCGCGUACUUAGCCUGCAAAAACCACAUAUAUCUUUAGUCACUGCGUUCAUCAACAUCUCACAUUUCCUCUCGGUGAUACUAGUACUCGUCAGCAUCGAUCAUGAUACGCACGACUCAAAAUGGUGAACGAUGCGAGCUCACUAGCCCUACUGCCAUGCCUAAAGCAGGCGGCUUUCUCUGGAAUCAGCGGAUGAUGAUUCAAAUGACCUGUCGCGGCUACGCUACCGCACAAUACAUGCAGCCGGAGCCGGCGAAAUAUGCGCAUGCACCGAAUCUGGAGGCAAAAACAUUCAUGCAGCCAGAGCAGAGCUAUUACACACAUCAUCCUGGUCGUUUUGUAUACAUCAAAGAUGAAGAGACAGGUGAUAUCUUCUCGGCGCCUUACGAACCGGUGCGAGCUAGCCUGGAUCUGUUUGUGUUUUCUGUAGGCAAGAGCGACGUUUCAUGGACAGCGGAAAAGCUCGGAGUUCGCGUGGAGAUGAGUUUUCUACUUCCGACAGACGAUGUCGCUGAGCUGUGGACUGUCAAAGUGACCAACUUGUCAGGUCGUGCCCGCAAGUUGAGCAUAUACCCAUACUUCCCUUUAGGCUACAUGUCUUGGAUGAACCAGGAGGCGGAAUGGAGCGACAAGGUGGGAGGUAUCGUUGGCAGUAGUAAGACACCGUAUCAGAAAGCAGAAGAUUACCCAAAGACAAAGUAUUUGAAGGACAAGACAUAUUUUCUCUGCGAAUCACCUCCAGUUGCAUGGGAAGCAAGGCAAGAGACGUUUGAGGGCGAAGGCGGAUUGCAUGCUCCAUCAGCCAUGAUGGAGCCGCAGUUGAGCAAUAGUGAUGCGCGCUACGAGACUCCCACAGCCGUAGUGCAGUACCGCGUCAACCUGACAGCCGAUACUAGCAAAGAGUACCGAUUCCUCUUUGGACCAGCUUUUGACGAUGCGGAGAUUCUGAAUAUGCGCGAAACUUAUCUGAGCCAAGAAGCAUUCGCACAAGCUGCGAAGGACUAUGCGAGCUACAUCGAGCAAGGGAGCGGUUGCUUGCGUAUCGAAACGCCAGACAAAGACCUCGAUAAUUUCGUCAACCACUGGCUACCGCGACAAAUGUACUAUCAUGGUGACGUAAAUCGUCUGACGACCGAUCCUCAAACGCGUAACUACCUGCAAGACAACAUGGGAAUGAGCUUCAUCAAGCCGGAAAUAUGUCGUAAAGCCAUACUCACCGCUGUCAGCCAACAAGAAGAAACUGGAGCCAUGCCUGAUGGUAUCUUACUCAUUGAAGGCGCAGAACUGAAGUACAUCAACCAAGUUCCUCACACAGACCAUUGUGUCUGGCUUCCCAUCGCCCUGGAAAUCUACCUCAGUGAGACUGGCGAUUAUGCGUUGCUAGGCGAGCAAGUAACAAGUAUACAUGGUGACGUUUACACGGUUUUCGAACGCUUCCAACGAGCGAUGGACUGGCUGCUCUCCGACAACGCCCGCGACCAUCGAGGUUUAUCUUAUAUUGCACAGGGCGACUGGUGUGAUCCGAUGAACAUGGUUGGACCCAAAGGCGUCGGUGUAUCGGGCUGGCUCACUGUCGCUACUGCAUAUGCAGUCAAUCUCUGGGCUGCUGUGUGCGAACAAGCUGAUCAGCCUGACAUGGCAGCAAGAUAUCGUAAAGAAGCUCAGAUAGUGAAUGAUUCAGCCAACAAGCAUCUUUGGGACGGCAACUGGUACUCACGAGGUAUCACUGAUGCUGGGGUGACCUUUGGCAUCAAAGAGGACAAAGAAGGAUGUAUAUGGCUUAACCCGCAAGCGUGGAGCAUUCUCGGCGGCGCAGCAUCGCCGGACAAGAUUUCCAGGCUUCUUACCCAAGUUGACAAGCAUCUCAAGACGCCAUAUGGAGUGGUCAUGUUUGCUCCCCCAUUUACGGCGAUGAGAGAAGAUGUGGGUCGUGUAACACAAAAGUAUCCAGGUCAAGGCGAAAAUGGAUCUGUGUACAAUCACGCCUCUUCUUUCUAUUCAUGGGCACUUUACGAGAUAAACGAGCCUGACCGCGCCUUCGAAGUCCUGCGAAAGAUGAUUCCAGGCCCAGAUGAGGAAGACCGUCUCCAACGCGGCCAGCUCCCUGUAUUCAUUCCUAAUUACUACCGUGGCGGCCAUGGUAUCCCGCACCUUGAGCGUACAGCAGGACGAAGCUCCCAGCUUUUCAAUACAGGUACAGUGAGUUGGGCGUACAGAUGUUUCAUCGAGGGCUUGUGUGGAAUGAGGGGGGUCAAGGAAGGAUUGAGGAUUGAGCCAAAAUUACCGAGUAUGUGGGAUGGAAUGAAGGCCACACGAUUAUUUAGGGGUGCGACGUACAAGUUGGACGUAAAGCGCGCGGAUGUGGAGAGUAUGAAAAUCUUUGUCGAUGGCAGGGAACUGGAAGGACUUGUUAUCGAAGAUGUCGAAGCCGGGGGAACAUAUCACGUGGAGGUGUUGUUGUCGAAGUGAGCAGAGAAUCAAGACUCGUGGUUGGGCUAGUUUUGGGAGAAGAUUUUUCAGCUCAGCUUUCAGUACAGAAGCCUCUAUGACAUAUUUCAAAACGGCGAUGUUCAAUGUACGCCAUCAUGGGAGCCUUUGAACCCGUCUAACAUUUCGCCUCCAAUUCAAAUAAUUAGGGCGGGCACUAUUCGGUGUAGUCAAAAUUCUAUUCAGUGUAGCGAUGCCUGUUACUAAGGCUUAGAGACGAGC